GUAAGGCUACUAAACAUGAUAAAACCUAAGCUAAAGCCAACGAAGAAAAAACGAAACAAAUCGCCCAUCUCUUAAAGAAAUACUCGCACCAUAACUAAUCCUCAUCUUCACUAAUCAACCUUUGUUUCUCUCUAGAACAUGCACAGACAAUCCUUAGGCUCGGCGACCUCCAAGUUCCUCCGCAUCCAUGGCGGAGAAGAGAAUCCGAUCGCCGAUGAUCAGAAGCGUCAAUUAAUCAUCGACGACGAUGGUAAAGACAUCAAACCUCGCCGAUCGUCGUUCUCGCCUUCUCCGUUUUCUACGACGUCGCCGUCUUUCACAUCGCCUACUAAGCCUGAGAAGCUCAUUCACCUAAUUCCUGUUCUUACCUUCCUUUGCCUCCUCAUUCUUUACCUAAAAUUCUCAGUCCUUCGCAGUCCGAUUUGGCUCAGUUUAACGGAUUCAAGCAUCCCUCGAAGCAGUUAGAUUCAACCGAAAUCAGUGAGGCCGGUCGAUUUAUUGAUUCUCGGAGAGGCGAUAAUUUGGGGAUCCGAAGCCUGAAGAACUUGCAAGAAGUUGAUAAAAACGUCUCAAAAUCUCGUUUCCACAGGAAAAUAGCCGAUUUCUAAGUUUACCCUACUUUCUCCUUUUCUUUCCUCACUCGUUCAUCGCUUCCCUCUUUAGCUGCCAAUAAGCCCGCACGUAUCGGUCACACUUUCACGUGCGAGCAUUUUGUGCCCAAAUUUUUUUGUCGCACUCGAUCAAUUUUAAUUUU